GUUCGCCAAUGACGUAGUGUUAAAAACAUGCGGUUAUGGAGAAUGGGAUAGGUACUAUUUCGGUCUUUUGAACAAAUUAAGAGUUUGGUUUUCGAAAUGGUACUGCCUGUUUUUUUUUAAUUGAACGAGAACAGACCGCGUAGCCAACGUUACAAUCGUUAAUGCUCCGUAGCGUAGCGUAGUCAUCUCUCUCUAUCACUCUUCCAAAUUAGUGCGACUGUGACAGUUGCGUUGGCUACGCGGGCAGCUGUAGUAGGUAUGAUACUAACGUCUUUUUUGUAGUACGACUCACAUGUUUUUUUUUUGCGAAUUCCUUUUAAAUAAAUAUACCUACGUGUAUUUCUGGUCAUUAGAGAUGGCAAUAAAUGUAUAGAGCAUCGGUUUCCGAAGCGUCUGUGACAACGCCACACCACACCGGCGUAAUAAGUUGGCAUCGGUGUCUCAAAAAAAUAUUUGUUAAUUUAGGCACCUUAUAGGGAUACAAUUUCGCAAGUCAUAUUACAAUGUUGUUGAAUGGAGAAUCAUGAAUACAUGCCUAAAUGACUUGCUGGUUACACUGCCCUACUGACAGAAAAUAGAUACAAAAGCCUUUGUACGCAUACCUUCUAUUUUCAUCAGUGUAAACCUAUUUUCAAAUUGUAAGACAGAUUUGUUGAAUAGGAAUUAUUCAUUCUGUCUCUCACUUUUAUGAAGGUAAAAAAGGGAGGGUAAAAUAUUUAUCACUAUGAAGAAAAUUUGAGAGUGGCCUCUAUUUGGUAGGUAUAUGACUUGCAUUCCAGUGUAGCUUCAGCAAAGCUAAAAUUAGUUGUACAUAACGCGCUAUAGGGAGAGGACUGCUUCAAAAUCGAAAACAUGAGAACGUUUUUCUUCUUAAAUAAUCAAGAUGCAAGUACCAAAGAGUCCGCAUUCAGCCAGGUCGAGGGCUCCCAUUGACACAGCGGGAGUAAAGUGGUGGGAUCGUUAUGGAAGCACAGACCAGGAAUCUGUUUUAUUCAAACAACAUCAGCGUUUGGAGAAAAAUGAAAGUGAAAGUAACAAGGAAAAGUUCCUUACUGAUAAAUCUACUGUUACCGAUGGGACUGCUGUGAAAGGUAUGUAGGUUGUUGGAAGACGAAUGUUUGAGCCACGUCCAGGUACUUUUACAUGCAUUUAAACGUACGAGUAUUUUUCAUUUCUCAUGCUCUGAAAGAGAGUCAUUGUUGUUCUAUGUGGUGAACAGAAAGUGAUACGUUUCUGAACUAGAGCAUUUUACUUCCCAAGUACGAUUUUUAAUUUAUUUUUCGUUUUAGCAAUUCAAAUUUGGUUUUAACUGGUUUGUUAAACAAUUUCCAUUCUACGAAAACGAUAUUUGUAUCUAAAUUGUUAAGUAAGAAAUACUAUGAAAGUUUAUACUUAGGCAAUUUUUUUAAUAACACAUAUAUUUUACUUUCCUCAUAUUCGAAAUGAAAAUUAGAGUGUUUAACUCGGGUGAAAGGCAUCAUGUCAGCCUCGGGCUAUUGGCGCUCUCAUCUGCGUUCGAGCGCCAAACCUCAGCUGAAAUAAGUGUCUUUCAUGAUUUAAUCCCUUGGUUAACAAAUCUACUAUGGUGCGUGUUGAUGUCAUUUGGUUGUACCUUUGUGGUUUUGAAAAUUUGUAACUCGGGUUAUCUGAUAUACCUGCCUGUCAUGCGGCCUUAUGAAGCGCCGUUAAUAUCAUGAACUUAUAAAUAAUAGGAUUAAUUAAUUUUCUGAUAAAAUAUUACAGAAAUCCAACUCCCCAAGGACAAGAUUCUCAAAAAAUGGCGUGAAGCACAGUCGCGGGCUAAAUUCGAGGCCGCCCGAGCCGCCAUCAUCGAUUCCCUGAAAACCAAAUUCGGCACAGAAACUAACACUAAUGUCAAAGUAAUCCCUACAAUUAUUACCGAAGACAAUGCUGAAACAUCAAAUCUGAAUGUAAAUCGUGAUAACGCGACGCAGACGACUUUGAGACUUGUGAGUAUGAAUCAAUGGUAGAUUUUUGGGUUUGGAAGGCAAGUGAGGGUUGAAGUCACGCGAGGAGGCUUCGGACCAGGUGGUGAGCUGGCACAGUGGAGGCUCGGGCACGCUGGCAGUAGGGCGGCGGGCGCGGAGGGCACACUACGCGGGCUUCGAAAGACAUGCCGUUGCCUGCGAGGGAAGGUUUGACAACGCCGCGGAGCGCUCGGGCUCCUGUGGCAAGGAGGACUGGGACUCUCCCACAUCAGCGAUUGAAAAGGGAGAAAUCGUUAGAGAGUCCACCGGAGAUGGAUUCCCCAGGCGGCAGCGUAAGCAGUGACUUGCGGCGGCAGAAUGAUGAGCUUCGCGCUCGUUUGGCUGGCGAAGCAGCGGACCAUAGGCGUCGGCUUGAUGCAUACCGCCGCGCGCAGCAAGGGCAGGCAGCAUUGGUAUCAAGACUCCAAGCAAAGGUGCUACAAUACAAGCAGCGCUGCUCAGAGCUGGAGCAGCAGAUGCAGGAGACAACGCCGCGUAGCGACAGUUACCGCGCGAAGCCUGCGUCCACCAUCGCGCUGCCAGCGCCUGCCACUCUGCCGUCCGCCUCCAGCUCGGACACUCGCCGGGACGAGCGCAUCGCUGAUUUGGAAACGGCUUUAAGGCGGUUGGAUGAGGAGAAACGCAAGUGUGAAAAGCUGGUGAACCAGAACAACCUUCUCCGAGACCAGCUUGAGGAGUCCCACCAGCUGAAUGAGGCAUUAACUAAUGACUUGCAAAAGCUCACCAAUGACUGGGAGGCUCUCCGGGACGAGAUGACUGUCAAAGAGGACGAGUGGAAAGAUGAGGAACAGGCAUUCAACGACUACUAUACCAGCGAGCACAACCGCCUGUUGAGCCUCUGGCGCGAGGUGGUCUCUGUGAAGCGUUUCUUCUCCGAGCUGCAGUCGACCACGGAGCGCGACCUGUAUCGAGUGAAGAACGACUUCGAGUCGGCCACGCGCGAGCUUGUGGGCACGCUCAGUGGGUACGCUAUUAAUGCGUAUGCACAGGGAGUGAGGCCUCAAACAGACCACCACCACUCAACGCCGGGCGUGACGUCCACCCCGAACAUAACAGUGGAGACGUUGCGAAUAGAUCUGCGCGAAGUGACGUCACAGCGCGACGCGGCGCAAGCCGAGCUGCGCGAGCGAGAUGCACGCAUACAACGUCUGCUAGGAGAGCUGCAGGGAUUGGAGGAGCGUUACGAGGUCGCGGAAGCGAUGUGCUCCGAGGCAAACGCCAUGCGAUCCGCGUUGGAAGAAGUGGCCCGAGCGCUCAUACAGGACUCCGAGGCUGAUGUGCCGUCGCAACAUCUGCAUAUGGCUGACAGGUCCCCUCGCCGAGGAGUGUCGCAGGCGGCUAACGCGACGGCUUUCGCGGAGAGCACCAUCUCGGCCGUGCAGGCCGCGCUGCACAAGUACCAGAUACAAAUACACGAGCUGCAGGUGAAACUCCAGAACACGCGGGAGCAGCUGUCGACGAGCCGCAAGCACUGUGAGGCCGCCGAAUCUAACGUACUUACUCUGGAGAACAAAGUGCAGGAUCUGCAGGCUAAACUGGAUCAGGCGAACGCGGACCUGAACCAGCUGGUACAAGACAAGGAGUCGCUGCAGAAGUCCGUGGAGUCACUGCGCAUUGACAAAAACAACCUUGAGAGGAACCGCGUCGAGAUAAAUGCCAUGGUGGAGUCAUUGACGUCAGACUACGAAAAGCUUCAAAAGAUCAACGCGCGCUUAGAGAAGACGAUCGAAGCCCUAGAGACAGACAAGCGGAAUCUGAACUCGGAGGUGGAUCAUCUGCACCGCGAGUCUACCAACCGAGAGUCCAUAUUGAGGGCCGAAGAGGAACGUUCAUCUCGGCUGCGAUCUGAACUGGUGACCGUCCGUGAGGAGCUCAACAAGACCUCGCUGGCGCGCGACCUGCUGGAGCAACAGAAGAUAGAGGCGGACUCCAUCAUGUCGCAGAUGGAGAAACACAGGAAUGACUUGGAAAUAGAGCUUGAGAGAACUCUAUUGGAGAGAGGUGACCUGCAAGAUCUGGUAGAAAAGUUGCAGGCGGCUAUCAGAAAUCUUGAAACGGAUAAGAAGAAAUUGCAAGAAGAAGUCAAACACCUCGAAGACGAAAAAUCCUCCUUAUCGAAUCAGUCCUCGGAACAACUGGGUGACCUGAACUCUCUGCGCAAAGAGCUUCUUGCGGCGGAGCAGACGCGUAUGGAACUCGAAGCUGACAAGUCGUCCUUGCACGAGAAGAUCAAGUUCUUGGACCAGGACAGGGAGAAGGUCGAACUGGAGCUGCGGCAAGUGGUCAGAGAACGCGGCGAGUUAAGCUCACAGUUGACGGCAAUGGUGCGUAAGAAGGACUCGCUUAACGAAGAAAUAAUGCGGCUGCAACAGCGACUCGAACAGGCCAGCGAGACUGUCGGCCGACUGAACCGUGCCCUCGAGGACCACGUCAAGGACGCCGAGGAGAAACAGAUACUAAUAGACAGUCUAGACAAGGACAAGCAGCAUCUCCAAGAGCAGUUAGCCAGCGUCCGCGCCGAGAAAGACGCGUUGGAGGCCGUGCUUUUCGACACGGCGAAUAUGCUGGACGACGCGGAGGCGCGUCGCGCUAAACUCGACCGCGAACUGCAGGACGCGAUGGUUCAGCAGGAGAACCACAAAGGACAAAUAGCUCGUCUCACCAAAGAACUGGAGAGCAGCGAGCGCAAACUCCGCGAAACAAAGAGCUCCAUGCAGCAGUCAUCCGGCAAAAAAGAAGCCGAGUACCAGAGCAUCAUCACCAACAUCAACCGGACCACGGCCGAGAACAUCACCAAGCUUAAAGAAGAGAAGGAGCAACUUCGCCAAACUCUCGAGCAAAAGCUAUCCCAAACGAUAGCAGCGCUAACGAGCGAGAAGGAAGCUUGCGAGGCCGGCGCGCGCGAGCGAGAGAAAAAACUUCUGGCGCAACGCGAUCAGCUCAUACUGCAGCACGACGAAGCGAUGCUGCGAGCCGAGAGCGACAAACAACAGGCUUUGAUCAUGGCUCACCAAGAGCAACAAGCGCUGUUAGAACGACUGGAGGAAGCGAAGCGUGUUCUAGAUUGUUCCCAGAACAAAUUAGAACGUGUCAAGCGAGACGCCGCUGCGCGCUCGGACCAGGAUCGCGGACACAUCAACCAGUUGAAAGAUGAACUGGCUGCGCUAAAGACUCGCCUUGAGGAGGCCAAGGCGGCAGCAGAAGAUGACUGCGCUCGCUUUGAGAACCGCAUCAAGGAACUUCACCUAGAGAAGGAAGCGAGCAAUCGCGAGUGCCAGGAGGUUCGCGCGCAGCUCUCGCUGGCAGAGGACAAGUAUGACAACGCGUAUACACAGCUACAGGAUACUAUUAGGAAGCUUAAAGAACUGGAGAACGAGUCCGAAAGUCUCCGCAAGGAGCUGACCGACGUGCGCCGCCAGCUCAGCAACUGCGCGGCCGAGCGCGACAAGUACAACAGCAGCUGCCGCGAGCUGCGCGAGCACGUGAAGCGCGCCGAGCACGAGCGGCGCGAGGCGGCGCGCGCGCGCGACGAGGCCGUGCACAACGUGGCCACGCUGGAAGAAAACCGAUCAUCCCUGGAGUUGGAGCUCUCACGCCUUCAGAAUAUGCUAAAGGAAUCUGAAACGGGCGGCGAACACGUGACACGAGAGUUAAGAGCUACUGAAGCGCAGUUGAAGAGAGAACGCGCCGCUCUGGAGCAAGCUAACCAUGACAUAAAGGAGCUGCAGUCCAGACUACAGAACGAGUGCGAGGAGCGCGAGAGGACGGGCAACGAGGCGGCGGCGGCGCGCCGCCACGGCGCCGAGCUCGAGACGCUGCUGGGCGCCGCGCGCGCUGACCUCGCCGCCAGCCGCCAGCGCGGCGCCGAGCUGGAGGAGGCCUGCCGCGCGCGCGACCAGGAACUUGUUCUUCGUUUGGAAGACUGCCGGUCCAAGGAGCGUCGUCUUGAGGAACUUAAACAUAAUCUUGAAGUUUGUCUCGCCGACGCCACACAGCAGAUCCAGGAGUUGAAGGCCCGCCUCGGCGGUAGCGAAGGACGCUGCCGCGCGCUGGAAGCGUCGCUGGCGCAGUGCGAGCACGGCAAGCGCGAGGCCGAGGCCAAGCUGUCGUCCAUCGCGCACACGCUGCGGCGCGUGUGCGGCGUGCAGCCCGACGGCUCCGUGCACGCCGCCGCGCGCCGCCGCCUCGCCAGCCCGGCGCGCCGCUACAGCCCGCACCGAGGUCGCGACCACUCCGAAGACCGCAACGAAAUCAUCGACGUGGACCCCGAGCUCGUCAAGAAGGGCGUGCGCAAUCUGAUGCAUGAAGUCUGCCAGAUUGAACGAGAGAAGGAUGACUACAAAACUCAAGUAGCCGCCUUGAAGAAGCAACUCAAAGACGCCAGCGAGCAGCAAGGCAAGGGCGACAACAAGUUGCAGUCGAUCACUUCCAACCUCCGCACAGUGCAGGAAGAGAAGGCUCGCAUGCAGAACCUGUUGGGGCAAAAAGACGCGCAGCUUACUGGACUGAAUGAAUCAGUUCAGUCUAAGACCGUGGAGAUCAGCAACUUAAGGGACAAGAUUACUAGCCUAGAAGCCACGCUUAGUUCCGUUACCGAAGAAAAGGUUCAGAACGAGAAUAAAGGCGAGAAUUUGCGCGUACAGUUAGCGGAGCGCGUGCAAGAAGUCGGUCAACUGAGGGAGGCGCUGGCAGCUGCUGAAGGGCGCGCGGCGCGGCUGGACGUGCGGCGCGCGCAGCUGGAGGGUGACGUGCAGCGCGCCGCCGUGGCGGCCCGGGACCGCGACCAGGCGCUUAAGAAACUCCAAGAGCGCUGUGAGGGUUACGCUCGCACCAUAGCCUCACUAGAAGACCGAUGCACGUCACUGAAGGGCACGGUGGAACAGCUGUCGACGUCGCUUCAAAAGGCCGCCUCUGCCGAGAGCGAGCUCCGGGCUGAGCUGAGCAAGACUCAGCGCAUGCUCAACGAGGCGAAGAACAACGAACAAAAUGCGUUGGAUAAAUUGAGGCAGAUUCAGAAGAACAUUGCCAAUUGCGAGAACGAGCGACGUGUGCUGAGCGAGAAGUUGGAAAGCGCGAAGUCAGCGCUCGGCGAGCUGAAGAGAUUGAACUGCACACUGGAGGAUCAAGUACACAGGCUUACGACGCAGCUAGCCAACGUAGAGGUGCAAAGGUCAGGCUUGGAGUCGCAGCUCCGUAUGACGACUUGGGACGGAAAGGAGAGCGCCGACAGCGAGCUCGAGCGAGAACUGCACGCGCUGCAGCGCGAGCGUAACGAAUUGAAGGCUAAGAACGAUGCUCUCCAAGAGACACUGCGCAAGGUGGAGGUAGAUCGCCGCCUGAACAGGACUUCGGCACUUCGCAGCAAGAGCCACGACAGGACAGAGAAGACUGUUUACUACUCGGAUUUGGACUCCGGUCCCGAUUCUACUAAAGACUCGAUGCGCUACAAGGACUCGAACCUGAGUGCGGGAUGCAAUGAGAAGAGUUUCCGUGCCGACCUAACCUUGUUGGAGCUGGAGAACAGGGAGCUUAAGAUGAAGAUUCGGCGCAUGGAGAAGGAGCUCGCUGAUAAGGAGGCAGAACUCAAACUGGCGCGAACUCGUUACCUCAGUGACCUGUCCACGGCGUCGCCAAGCCGGCGCGAAGAUGUCGAGCACUACCGCCAGGCUGCCCUACAAGCCGAGCGUCUACUGGAAGCUAGAGAGGCCAGUCACCGGCAGCAGAUCAUCAGGCUCGAGAACCAGGCAUCUCAGUUGCGCAGCCAGCUGUCGGCGGAGAUCCGGCGGCGGCAGAGCUACGUGGCGCGCAGCGGCCGCGCCGCGCGCGACGUGCAGCGCCUGCGCUCCGCGCUCGGAGACUCGCUGCGGACUGUUUCGCAGGACCCGGCGCUGGACUCGUACACGCUGGAGCACGAGGCGCGCAAGCUCGACAGCACGCUCGCGCACAGCCUCCCGCCGCUCAACGACAGUUACGACAGCUCCAAAUAAGACCAUUGCUAAUCUAACACCAACCUAUUCCACUAAGAGAUCCUGCUCUAGGUUGGCCACAACUCUCGCUGAUCUCUUAACAUUUGUUGUAACGAUUCUAGGGGUCCACACACUAUGCUAACAGACGAAUGUUCCAAGGUAAAUAACUACAUAGUUUACAUAAAAGUUUUCAGUAGAAAGCCUUUAAAAAAAUUAUAGUACGAAAACAAAUGUUUCGAUAUCGCGAUUUCGAUUUUAGAUUCAUGAGUUUCAUGACACGCUGUCGAUCGAAUACUUAUUUCAUAACGCAUGCUCCGUGGUACUGGAUGUAUUAUUAUGAACUUUACUACUAUAUUUGAAUUUAAUUUGUAAAAUGUAUACACGGUAUUGAAACGUACCUAUAUUUUCCAUUGUUAAUAAUCAUGGUUUACGAUUAAGUUGUUUUUACUUUUAAUUUAAGAACAAUUAUUUACUCAAAUAUUUUACAAAUGUAAAAUAUAAGAAAGUGAGAUAGUAAAUAACAGUAUUAUGAAGCGAUUUAUCUAGUCAUUAUAAAAGUGUGCAAUAAGGUUGUUGACGCAUACGUUAAUAUUAGAGUGAUGUGUAACUCACCGAUUCAUUGAAAAAGGGAUAAUUGCUGGCUCAAGAAAUUGGUGCCAAUGCCAAGAUAUAGGUACCUAGAGGCGUAUUAGGUCCAUUAGUAUUAACACAUAAUAUAUAGAGACCGUAACGAACGUACGGGUUUGUUGCUCUAGUAGAAUAGUCUAGAAAAAUAAACUAAUUUUUUGGAGGAAUCUCUGAUGUAAUUCCAAUAAUUUACUAUCUAUAUUUGCCAGCGCCGUACCUUAAACGGCAUUUCCACGCCUACGAGGAUGAAUCACAAAAUUUUGCGAAAUUGGGUCAUAAUCAAAAGGAUUUUUUUUACUAUUCUAAAAUAUUUCCUGUUUUUGCUCUACAUGUGCUGUUAUUAUAAUUUUAUUAUUCCGUCUUCUUCAUCAAUUUUUUUUCGUUAAUCUCGCAAAAUGCUUCCACAACAUGCAUGACCGCAUCAAAAUUAGUUACAUGAAUGAGCUCCGAUAAUUUUGGAAAAAAUUGGAAAGUACUCGGAGCUAAGUCUGGCGAGUAGGGAUAGCCGAUAAAAAGGGCCCAGAUCGACAAUUUUGAGAUUUCGCUUUGAAAUCCCCAAACGCAAGUAAUUGUUGACCUUGAUUAAAAAUUAACAUUCGUUUAACCUAUUUAUUCGGACACUUUUAAAACACAAAACUGUUAAGAUUUUUUGCACACUACUAAAUGAAAUAGGUCUGCUAGUAUUUAAAACUGAUUCACUUGUCUUCUAAAACCAUUGUUUAAAAUUUUUCAACGUUUUGUUCGUUAACCAAGGUGGAAGGACGGCUUGAGCGGGGGUCGUCUUUACGGCUAGAUCAGCCUCUUAAAUUAAGCAAUCCAGUAAGCAGCCGUGGAAUACAGUAAAGCAUUAGUGCCAACUGUCUCCUGAGUACCCAAAAUAAAUCUCUGGUAAACUUUUUUAUUAGAUAAUACUUUAUCACGACACGUACCUAACAAUUUUUUUUUACUAAGUUUUUUUUUGUUGCACAAAAUAGUUUAUGAGCGUGACAUGGCGGGAGUCAUUAGAUUAAAAAUAAUAGGACAGAAAUAAAAGUAUAUGCGUAGAGAAUUGGUAAAUAUGCAAUUCUAAUUCUUUGAUUCACCCUCGCAGUUAUGGUUGGUACAAAACUUACUUUGAAUCUUACGAAGACUCUAAUUGAAAUGAAAACUAAAUUCUAAAUCGAUACACGUAGAAGCUAUUCAAAAGUUGGACACUGCGUGCUUUAUUAUGACUAAUAUAUAUAUAUUAGCUUGUGAUUAGAAGUUAAAAGGUUAUUUAGUUCACAACUAUUUUAUUUUACUAAAUGUUUAUUAAAAUUGUACUUAAGAUUAUACUGAAAUAUUUUUUUUUAUCUAGAAGGAAGCUCGUAUAUAAUAUGUAUAAUUUAGAAACUUUAUAUCAAAUUUUUAUUGAUUUUUAUAAGAUGUGUAAAGUUAGAAUUUGACAGCUGAAGAUGAUGGCGCUGUUUAAGGCGCCAUAUGUUUGUAAUAACUGUGUUGUUAAAAUUGAGCUCGACAGCCAGAGUUACUGUAUAAUGCACGGAGUCGUACAGCGCCAUCUUAGUCAGCUGUGAAAUUUGAAGCCCGAAUUUUUCGUUUCCCUAAAAAUAUAUCAUAGGACAAUAUCUUUGGGUAUAUUAAUCUACCCAAACUGCUUGUAGAAAGAUUUAAUGUAGUUCAAUAUACUUUAGUCUGAUGAUGGAAAACGAUCUAUUUAAUGAUGUGGUUCUGACCAUUUUUAGAUACGAAGUUGCCGCAUAAAGUAGACCGGCUUCGGCCUCGUUCUACCUACCUAAUGCCGAUUUCUGUGAAUAUGAUUUUUGUGACAUUGCUUAUAUGAAGUUCAAUUCAAAAUUAUUUAAAUACCUUUUUCGUUUUUUAUUGUGUGGUCAAAACAAAACUAUUGUAAGUGGAAACUUGCACGGUUAGUAAAGUGACGUCGAAUUGUGCGAUAAAACGUGUGAUUCAAUUCUUGACCGACUGAUGACUUGAACCCCUGACUCAUUGAAGGUCAGCCGGAAGUAGACGGAAAUCAUUUUGUUUGCUUAGUGACUCAUCGUUUAAUCAUGGUAUUUGGUACGCAUUUUUGAAAUGUUCGGGUCUGUUAUAAUUACGAAGUAAACAUUUUUAGAAUCUUCAAAACGAUUAACUGUAAAAUGGGCUAUGCAUUCCAAACGUUUUUUUAGCGUAUUGUAAUAUAUGCUAGGUACGAAAUUAUUUUAGUUGCUACAGGACAUUAGCCUAUUCCUUGCCUACCUAAUCUUCAUCUAUCUACGCUAGGAUUGCCAAAUACUUGGGCUAAGUGCCUUCUUAUGUAUUUUACAGUAUAUCUUGACUAUAUAUUUAUUAUGCACAUUAGAAAAAAAUCUAGUCAUGAUGUAUGCCUGAAAUGUUUUCCACCCUGACUUGGUGAACAACUUGUAGUGUCUAGGGAAUCAGUUUUAAUCUAAUUGCACAAUAAAAUGUCUAGACGCAACAUAAAUAAAUUUAUCUGAAAAUAAAAAUGUUUCGUUGUAAGGGAACAAUGACGAGGGCUUAGGUCAUAGAAAUUGCUUGUCGUGUUUGUGAUUUAUUAUAAACUAAGUAAUGACGAUACUUGUUGAUUAUUACUAAUAUUUUGCGUCAGUUUAGUAGGCGUGGCAAAGUAGCGGUUUUCCUUGAAUACUUGUUGUGACCAAUGGGUUCGUCCACAUUCUACAAUUUUUUAUUACGUUUAUCCUCUCCCAAUCCAAAAACCCUAGAAUUUAAAUAAAUUAUUGAAAGUUGUAACUGUGACGUGUCCAUUUAAAAAACAACUUUUUGUGAAAGUCAGAAGAUUCCAAGUCGAAUAAUCCUGUAAAUUUUCGCCCUAUUAAAAUUACGAUUAUCUAAGCAUACAAACAUAGGGAAUCCAUAAAUUUUAUCUCACUCACUUCAAGUAUGAUAGGUGAUAUUAUAUUUGCGAUAUUAAUAAAUUUCCUCGUCCGUAGGUACGUCCCCGUCCUGCCUACUCACAGCGCGCAACACUAUCUCUGUAAUUUCACGAUUCACGAGCAUUAUCAUGCAGUAAAUUACCAGCACUGAUAACCGCACGUCCAUUAUGCGUCGCCCCGUUUUUCGCUGACCAAUGCAGUUAAUGAACUCGUUAACUUUCAAUAACAAAUAAAAGCGUCGCGCCAGGAUGUGGAUGACCCCAUUGCCUGCUAAGCGACAGAUAAACACGACACGCCGGCGACCCGGCUCCUGUGCCUUGAUUAAAAUAAAGCAAUACAUAUUACUAACGCAAUUGUAGGUUAAGGCGAAUCCACGAGCUUUUGAUGUCCAAUUUUAUUCUUCAAAAUGUUGCAUUUAAGACCUUGUUUUGAAAGAGCCGCGUGCCCCGGAGUGCACUCGGUCUAAGCGUUAGACCUUGUUUCACUCCAUGGGGCGCGCCACACAGAACUGUCAUGUAAUGUAACUUGUAAUCUGACACUUAUUUGCAUAAUAGAUUAGAUUGCAUAGUUAUCGAGUAGGUACCUAGAUUAAGUUAGCAUACUGUGUUCAUUUCCACUGGACUGUGUCAAUUCUUAUGUUACUAGAAUGUCGACAUAUGCCCGCCACAUCACUGCCAUUGUUUUUACUAAUCAGCAAUUUGUACCUACAUUUUGAUUUCGUUGUACAAUGUGGGACACGUUUUAUAAAAAAUUUACACCGAUUAAUAAAUAUAGUUGUAGAUGGUAA